AAAUUUGAGCAUAGCUUCAGUGGGAAUGUGAUGGAAGAAAACACAAAUGCCAUUCUUUCUGGAAAGCAAUUUGGCAAUCACAAUCAUCUCAUGGAGGUCAAAUUUUUAGGCCAAAAUGACAGUUUGGUUUCUGUUGACUCUUUCUUCCCAAAUGAACAAGUUUCAGAGAAAAUAGAUGUGGCUAACAAGGCCUAUCAAUUCAGAUAUUCUGGGAAUGAACCUAUUGAGACUGAGAAAUCUACAGUUCUCAUAGAAGUUUCAGAAGUAGUUUCAAUUACCAAAGGCAGGGAACAUGCUACCCUGGAAGGAGAAAAUACUGCAAACUCAGUGGUGGAAGCAACGGAGCUGCAUGAAGCUGCUUCAGAUACAGAUUCUAGGACCAAAAAUCAGAUGCCGGAAUUCACAAUUCAGCUGCUGAUCAUGGAGUUGCUGUGGGUCAAAUUUUGACGACACUGCAGCCGAGCUCAGAGAUGACUGAGUUGGAAAGUCCAGUUGCAACUACUGGACAACUGAAACCAACAACUUUGCAGAGGAAGGAUGCGGGAACAAGUUUGGUUCAAGGAACUCCUGUUAAAACAAUAGCACCUGACAUGAAGGAGAAUGUUCCCAGCAUCAAAAGAGGCCACUUGGGGAGCAUAACGGUGAAAUCUACAGCAAAGAGACGAGCUUUGGGGGAUCUCAGAAACAAGUAGAGAAAAUGGAUCAAUUUCUGAAGAUUCAACGGGUGAAAACUCUUCACUGAAGCUGGAAGAUAUUUGCAGGCGCAUCCCAUGCAGCAUAUAGUUUAACACUGUAUUUAGUUUAUUGGAAAUUAUGAUAACUAGAGAUUUCUGAGUGUGGAUUGGAUGUAAUGAGUUUAUUUUUCUUCUCAUUACAGUACUUUUACUGUCAAUGAAUUCAGAGCUGCCAAAUGUUAAACAAUAGGGAAAUUCUAUCGGAUCUUGCAAAAUUGCUCUUCACAAUUCUCCCUGCCAAAUUCUUUACUAAUUUUAAAAUUCAUAUUUU